AAGAGUGCAUUUACAGUUAAAUCGGAUGAAAAGAUAAUUAUGCAUAAAACAAGUUCCGAAAUCACAGAACUGUUUACCACUGACAGGUGAGUACUAGCCUGAGAAUCGUUAUAAAUAUCGUAUACUUACGUAUGAUGCACAACAACAACAUUGUUUAUUGGGUCGUGUCGACUACCUACAGAUUCGAUGACGUGUUUGGUAUCGUCGUGAAAGUAACAUUAUUAUCAGAAAUGACAAAUUCUUUCGAUACGACUAAUCGUUCGGAUUUUACAUGGCCUUUCUUGGCGGAGAGACAGCGGAUUUUUGACUGGGACCGAUACGAAUUCAAAGCCGUAGCAGAACAUUCACAUUUUCUGCCACCACAGUCGUUUCAAAACGUAGAGACACUCAAAACGAUACCGUACUCACAAAGAUUGCCUUUUGAUUUCGAUUGCCAUCCGAAACCUAUUUUGAGUAGCCAGCAACCUAUCAAUCAUUAUCCCUCCGAGAAAGUGAUUGAGUACGAUAAAGAUAAAGCAGAUGCAAGAUCGAAUAUUCUGAGGACGAGACCCAGAGUUUUCAAGUGUCCUCAGAUCAGUCUCGAUGAUGUAUCGGCUGACAGGCGGGAUAUGGUGUGCACCUUCGUGUACAGCACUUCAAAAACAAUGAGUGAACUAACUUCUGGCGUGCCAGAGGGUCGUCCGAUUCCCGUCGACAUACCGUCAAAACCAUUCGCAGACCCGGGCAAAUUCCAAAAACAGCCAUUAUAUAAGACCAUAAAUCCUGCUAAAAAUUGGCGGCGUGUCAGCAUUGAAUGGGAUGAAACGCAGAGACGUAUUUUCGGUGGACGGUCUAUAAACUGAUAAUUAUUAAAUUAUAGUUAAAUUGCUUGUGUUUUAUUGAAAUGUGGUGUAUUUAUUUAAUAAAUUAUAUUGCGAAUGGUUUAGAUUUUAUAAGCACGUAAAAAUACCAACUACCAACUAAGUAUGAUUUUCUA